GAGAGAAACAAAAAGAAAUCUUGGUCUCUCGUUACAGAAAUAAUCCAGAAUUUAGAGAGAAACAAAAACAGCACUUUACGGACCGCUACCGAGACAAUGCUGAGUUUAGAAAGGAAAAAAAAAAUGUAUUUCACUGCUUUUUAUAAAAACAGCAUUGAUUUUAGAGAAAGGAAGAGAUCUCACAUUAUUCAGCGUUACGCUCAUGACCAGACGUUCAGGCUGAGACACAAACAACUAAUGAAACAACGAAUGAAAGACAGAUACAAAAACAAUCCUACAUAUAAGAGUAUGCGGAACAUGAGAUGUGCCAUGAAAAUAAAAAGGAAAUACAGAGGGAUAAAUAAACCAACAGAAGAAAGUGACAACAGUUUGAUCAAAGAGGCCAUAUCUGUUUUCAGGUCACAAAUAAAGUCUGGUCCCACUUAUGUUUGCACCGUCUGUCACAAAGCAUCAUUUCCAAACCAAGUGAAACCCUGUAAACGGUUAAACUAUGUACGAAAUCCAGACGUGGUUGCAGCAUGCCUGACAGGAAAGUACGUCCAUGUGUGUGAUGAUGAGUGCAGAGAUGAACAGCAGUGCAAUGUGCCUGAUGAGAGAAAGGAAGAGUGGAUCUGUCACACCUGCCACAAUCAUCUUAAAGAUGGAGUCAUGCCGACACUCGCUGUAGCCAACAACUUGGAGCUCGCUGACAUUCCACCUGAACUGUGUGACCUCAACAUAUUGGAGAGACAUCUCAUAGCCAAGUGCAUAGCGUUUGCAAAGAUUAUUCCUCUUCCCAAAGGACGCCAGAGAGCGAUACAUGGCAACGUGGUUUGUGUCCCGUCUGAGGUGCAGGAAACAGUGGAAGCGUUACCCAGACUGAGAAGUGAGUCUCAAGUGAUGAGAGUAAAGCUGAAGAGACGAUUGUGUUACAGAGGACAUCAGCUGUUCCAGACUGUCACCUGGUCUAAACUAGUGCAGGCGCUGCAUAAACUCAAACGCAUUCAUCCACAAUAUCAGGACAUCACUAUCAGAGAUGAGGCCGAGCUUUGUGACCCAACACUUCCUGAUGAAGAUGAUGAUGAUGAUGAGGAUGCCACUAUGGAUGACAACGACUAUGAUGAUGCUGAUUUAAAGGAAAUUGACAUGUGUGAGAAAAGUGCACUGUGUGAGACAGAAACUGAGCUUGAUGUAGAGCAGGAUGUUGACAUGUUGUCUUGUGAUGGUGAACAACCAGAGCAGCAAAGAGAUGAUAAAGAACAGGAAGGUGACAUGCCUAACGGUGGUUUUGCUCUAGAAUCAUGUCUUCAGCCGUGUGAUGUUUCAGAGGAGAUCUUAUGUUUCAGUGAAGGAAUCUACUCGGUUGCCCCUGCAGAAAGUAACAGUCCAGUUGGUUUCUUCAAAACUCCUAAACUUGAGGCGAUGGCUUUCCCUGUGCAGUUCCCUAUAGGCCAAAACACACUGGAUGAAGGGAGACGUAUGAAAGUAACACCCAGCAGUUAUUUCAAAGCGAGGCUUUUCUGUGUUGAUGAUCGUUUUGCCAGAGAUACAAACUACUUGUUCUUUGCUCAGUUUGUGACUGAAAUACACUUGGCCACAUCCAGCAUGACGAUACAGUUGAGGAAAGGAAAGCCAAUGACUCGAGAUGGACGAAAAAUAACGUCUGGUAUGCUGCAAAACAAACGAGAGGUAGAGAAACUGGUGAGGAACAAAGAUGCAGUCAGAUUCAUGCAGCCGCUGAGAGGAACACCAGCCUACUGGGAGAAAACCACACGAGACCUUUUUGCCAUGAUCAGACAGUUGGGAACUCCCACAUUCUUUUGUACAUUUUCUGCAGCUGAGAUGCGUUGGCCUGAAGUGAUUGAGGCAAUAAAAAGACAGCAAGGUGAGGAGGUGAACUUUGAAGGACUUGACUGGUCAGCAAAGUGUGACAUUCUGAGAAGCAACCCUGUAACAACAAUGCGCAUGUUUGAUAAGCGUGUUGAGGCCUUAUUCAGAGAUGUGCUCUUAUCUCCUGCACAGCCUCUUGGCAAAGUCGUUGACUACUUUUACCGAGUUGAGUUUCAGCACAGAGGAAGUCCGCACAUUCACUGUCUCAUAUGGGUAGAAGGUGCACCUGUGUUUGAGGAGGAUGAUGAUCACACUGUGUCAGCUUUUGUGUCUAAAUACAUCACAGCUCAGCUACCUGACCAACUCACACAACCUGAACUGUACAAGAAGGUCACAGAGGUGCAAAUACACAGCAAAAAACACUCACGGACAUGUUUCAGAAGCCUCAGCUCGGGUUGCAGAUUUGGAUUUCCUAAACCACCUUCCAGAAAGACAAUAAUAUCGAGACCGGGUGAGGGCGUUGCUCCACUGCAACUGCAAAUAUCAAAGUCCAAGCUCCAACCACUGAACUUGUUGCUGAAUGAACCUGAAACUGCCUCACUCAGUUUUCAGCAGCUCCUUGCUAAAUGCAACUUAACACUCCAAGAGUAUGAAGGAUGCCUCAAUGUCAUCAACAAAUCCAGUGCAGUGAUCCUGAAACGUGAGCCAAAGGACUGCUGGGUAAAUGGAUAUAAUGCACAUCUACUGGAAGCUUGGGAUGCCAAUAUUGAUGUCAGUUAUAUUCUCAAUGCAUAUUCGUGCAUCAUGUAUCUCACCAGCUACAUCACCAAAAAGGAAUCUGGACUUUCUGAGUACCUCAAAACAGUCAUUGAAAACUCCACCAGAGACCACGUCAAUGAAUGUGAUGAAAUGAGGGAAAUCAUGCAGGCGUACUCUAAAAAGAGAGAGGUCAGUGCUCAGGAGUGUGUGACACGCGCAUGUGGAAUUAACAUGAAGAAGUGUUCACGUGGUGUCAUAUUCGUACCGACAACGCACUGAAAAUGAGUCGCCCCAUGUCUUACCUGGAGAACACAACAUUAGAAAGUGUAAAUGUGUGGAUGACAUCUUUGACAGACAAAUACAAAUCCAGACCAGAAACACCAGAGUUUGAGCAAAUGUGUUUGGCUGAUUUCGCAGCUACUUGCAGAAUUGUCUACGGCCAGCAGAAAAAAGGAAAAGAUGUGUUGCCUCUCCUCAAUGACAUGGGAUUUGUGCAAAAGCGUAAAAACGAUAAGCCCGCUAUCAUCAGAUUUUACCGCUGCUCACAGGAAAAAUAUCCAGAGAAGUUCUAUGGCACAUUACUGAAAUUGUACAUUCCUCACCGAUCAGACCUGGAACUGAAAAGACGGCAUUUCCCCACGUACGAGUCCUUCUACAAGAGUGGUUGUGUCCAACUACCAGGUUCUGACCAUCCUGAGUAUGUCCGUCACAUUGUGAAACGAAACAAAGACAAAUAUGAGAAAAACAGUGAGGACAUUGAGAAUGCAGUGGAAGAAUUUGAACAGAACAGAGGAGUGAUUGAUGAUUGGUGCAAUCUGGCUCCAGAAUCUGAAGUGGAAAGGUUGGAAUGUAUAGAAGAACUCGAGGCAAGAGAGCCAGAUCAUGAAAAUGUUCAAGAAAAUGUUCCAGAAUACACUAAUCAAGCUAAUGCUGCAACAGAAGCCAGAGCCAUCAGAGAGCCUCCGGCCUUUGACCCCACAGUGCUACGGCAAAUGUAUCAGAACCUGAACCAGAAACAAGCAUGUGUGUUCUAUGCAGUUAGAGACUGGUGCGUAAAGCGUGUUUGUGGCCUAAAUCCUGAGCAGUUUUUCUUUUAUGUCAAUGGUGGUGCUGGAACAGGAAAGUCACAUCUCAUUAAAUGCAUCUACUCAGAAGCAUCUAAGAUACUGUGCAAACUGCCCAGCCAUUCUGAGGAGGUCGACAUAGCAAACCCCACGGUCCUAUUGACAGCUUUCACUGGAACUGCAGCCUUCAAUAUAUCAGGAUCAACACUGCACUCUCUGCUCAAGCUUCCACGAAGUCUGAAACCUCCAUUUCAAGGACUUGGUAACCAACUGGAUGAAGUCCGAUCAGAACUUUUAAAUGCUGAAAUCCUCAUCAUUGAUGAAGUGUCUAUGGUGUCAAAGCCCCUGUUUGCUUAUGUGGAUGCAAGACUGAAACAGAUCAAAGGUAGUACCAAACCCUUUGGAGGAAUGUCAGUAAUAGCUGUGGGAGACUUUUAUCAGCUACCACCAGUGCGACAGUCCAAGACCCUCUGUACGAGCCAUGUGAGAUUGACCUAUGGCAGGAACACUUUCAGACAAUCACCCUGACUGAGAUUAUGCGGCAGAAGGAUGAUGUUGCCUUUGCAGAGAUGUUGAACUGGAUCCGUGUGAAAGGAAAGUCAGAUGAGUUGUCUCAAGCAGACAGAGCCUUGUUGUCACAGACCAUCACUGAACCAUCACUUUGUCCACCUGAUGUCCUGCACAUCUUUGCAACUAAUAAACAGGUUGAUUCACACAACUCAGUAACAUUAGCUCUGCUCCAUUCUAAUAUCACCAACAUCGAUGCAGAUGACUACAAGAAGGACCCACGAACUGGAAGAAUGGCUCGACAAGCCCAACCAUACAAAGGAAACAGAAAUGAGUUACCAGACACACUAAACGUAGCUGAAGGUGCUCGAGUCAUGCUCACCAGGAACAUAGACGUGUCUCAGGGAUUGGUGAAUGGAUCGUUUGCUACACUAGUCAGGGUAAUAACCGCAGAACAGAGUGGUGUUGCACAUGUCACUAUGCUCGGGCUCAAGAUGGAUGAUCAAACUGCAGGAAGGAAUUACCGUAAUAGAGCACCAGGCGGCCCUGAUGAUGUGGUGUACAUAGAGAGAGCAGAGGACAAUCUGAAACAGAAAGGAGUUGUACGCAGACAGUUUCCUGUUAGACUUGCCUUUGCCUGCACAAGACACAAGGUUCAGGGUAUGACGAGGACAUCAGCUGUAGUGUCACUGAAACACAUUUUUGAACCUGGCAUGGCUUACGUAGCCAUCAGUAGAGUGACCUCUCUCAGUGGACUGCACAUGCUGGAUCUGGAUGAGAGUAAAAUCUAUGCCAACCCAGAAAUCACUGGAGCCCUCGAGACCAUGAGACAAGUCAACUUGGACGACAUGAUGCCUCUUCUUCGUAUCAAAGAGGCCUCGAGCAGACACGACACUCUGACCAUUGUUCACCAUAACACUGAAGGUUUGCCAUCGCACAUCAUUGACAUCAGGAGCCAUCAUGAACUGUGUCUUGCAGAUGUUUUGUGUCUCACAGAAACUCACCUUCAAGGCUCCUUUGUUGCAGAGAGUCUCCAUUUAGAGGGCUACAACAUGUUCAAACGCAACAGACACCUGUCCUACACAAAUGUUCCACAAAUAGCCAACAGAGGUGGUGGUGGAGUUGCUGUUUAUGUGAAAAGCCACAUUCAGGUGCGUGAGAAACAGUACGUACAUAAUGUGACCGAUCUUGAGUUUGUGGCUCUGAAGGUAGAAGCCCCAGUGAGAGCCCUGAUUGCAGCUGUGUACAGACCUCCAGACUACAGUGUGAGAUCAUUCCUGUCCAACCUGGGGAGCCUGCUGGACUCAUUGGAGAUCAUGUACUGUCAGCCCAUAAUUGUCUGUGGUGAUUUCAACGAGAAUCUCUUCUCCAACACUGGUAAGCCAAUCCUUGAGCUCUUCCAGUCCAGAGGAUUUGCACAAGUCAUCACUAAUGCAACCACUGACAAGAACACACUGCUGGACCUCAUUUUCAUCUCUCAACCACAACGCUGUCUCCACUCUGGUGUGAUGAGAACUUAUUACAGUUAUCACAACCCUGUUUAUUGUGUCAUGUCAUCUAACAGUCCAUAAAGGUAUCAGGUGAGUUUUAAAGAAAAAUGCAAUGUACUUGUAUAUACAUUGAUUUAAUACAAUGCAUGAUUAUACAGAGGAGGGGGAUCCGCCAUACAGCCGUUUCCAUAUUUCCACCACAGCAGGGCCUCCACUCUGGUACAGUAAAAAACAUGUCACUUGUCACAAUCAUGUUUUCUGUCUACAUUCCUCCAACAGGUCUUAAAAUUGUCAGCUAAGACCAAAAUCUACUGAGAAUCAUAUAAUUUUUUUAAACAAUACCACAUUGUAAUUAGUCUGGGAUUAUGUAAUCUUCAAUGUAAAGAAAACUGAAUCAUCUGGUCAAACUAGUUGUUGCACUGUAAUAAGAUUGUAGAAUGGGCUAAUUUUAAGUGUUCACAAUAUUGGAUAAUAUUAUGGGUCAUAUAGUUUUCCAGGUAACCAUGUUAAUUUUAGCAAUAUUUCUAACACAUUCUGGCCUGUGCAUUUAUCAGGGUGGGUUUGGGUCAGGGUUGAUAAAUGCACAGGCCAAAACUCUUUCAGCAGCUGUGUACAAUGUAAAAUUCAUUGUACACAGCUGCUGACAUUUAGUUUAGCAGACGCACAUCAGAAAGUAUGUGUUCUAGAUGUAACACAUACUUUCUGAUGCACCUACCAGCUGAAACCCCACACUUCCAUCCCCAUUAAUUUUAUUUUAAUUAUCCUGUGUUUUCUGUAGUGUUACGUUUCCUUUGUAUUGAAAGCAGUCACAAUUGUCAUGUUUCCUAUGUAGUGUUAAGUUUCCUUUGUAUUGAAAGCAGACACAAUUGUAAUGUUCCCUAUGUAGUGUUAAGUUUCCUUUGUAUUGAAAGCAGACACAAUUGUCAUGUUUCCUAUGUAGUGGUAAGUUUCCUUUGUAUUGAAAGCAGACACAAUUGUCAUGUUUCCUAUGUAGUGUUAAGUUUCCUUUGUAAUGGACAGAAGACACAGUCCUCCUGUGUCCUCUAUAGUGUUAUAGUAUAUAUAGUGUCCUUUCCGAUGGACAAGAGACAAAGUUCUCAUGUGUCUUUGUAGUGUUAAGUUUCCUUUCUGAUGGACAGGAAGGUGUCCUCUGUAAAGACACCUUCCAGUCUUGGCCUCACCUCCUUCUGCACUGUGAGGAUCAGCUCACAGCAUCUAAGACAUGACAAAGACUGCAGCACCAACUGAACUGUCAAUCAACCGAGGACCCAUUACAGUUAGACCCCAUAGGGACACAUUUGACUUCCUGCCUGUCCCCGUCAUUCUUCAAAGCAAAGGACGAGAAAACACCUGCCUGUCUUUGCCUCACUUCCUGUCUGGCUCUGAGAUUCUGGAUCAGCUCAUACCGACCAGGACAUCCUGCCACCACUGCAGCAGCAGAGCAGAUGUUGAAGCACCGUGUUAACUGUUCAUCAUCAGUGGACACAUGCUGGACCACAGAGACACGUGUUCUCCCUGCCUGCUUGAGGUUUCUUCACAACACAUAAUAAGGUCUUCCUCCUCUGUGAUUCCUCCACUUCACAGUAAAGACACUCAGGACUGCAGAGAGCGCUGAACACAUAAAAGAAGCUGAACAUCAUGCAGCGUAUUCAGUUGCACUGGACGUAUAUGUUGAUCUGCUCUGCAGCAGAGUUCAAGGAUCAGGUGUGUGACUGCAAGGAAGAGUCAUCAGUCAGUCAUCACUGUCCCAGUGACAGCCCCACCUUUAUGCAGCUUCAAGCUCCUCCCUAAACCAGCUGUAAAGGCCUCUCCUCCUCCAUGUAGCUAUAGUAACACUAUCCUGAUGUGAUGACUGGAGCAGUGGAUCUACAGCCACUGCACAGGUCAAAGGUCAUAAUGUUACAGGUCUUCAAAGCAUACACUACUAACUCAUGAACAGUAUUACUACAGGACACCUGUCUAUUUUGUUUGUUUCAUCUCUACCGUAUUUGAUCUAACAAUAUACGUUUUCCUUAUGUUUCAUCGCAUUUUUUUUUGUUGAUUGUAUUUAUGUAUUUAUGAUUUAUUUGUCAUCCGUCCCUUUUCAGUCAGAUUUAUGAGAAAAUUAAGGAUGAAAAUGUUUGUUUGAUUGCCUCGUUCAUAUGAACAAAUUAACCUUGAAGAAAUGACAUAUUUGUAUCACAAUGAGUCAUUAGUAUGGGGUUUCAGCUGGUAGGUAUAUUCAAGGUUUUUCACAUGUGUACACCGAUCCUUAGGAUAACCUAAACUCUACUGAGACUGCCCAGUGUUAAAUUGUAAGACUGUGAAAUCCAUCAAGUGUUUCAUCUUCAGAUGGCUAAAACAUGACUUGGUGCAAAGAGUCUUGUCAAAAGAUUUAAUAGGAAAACAAAUCCUACAAAGCUUGGGUCCUAACCUUGAGUCAACAAGUGACUCUAACCCAUGUUCCAUCAAAGUAAGGAGAACCCAGUGUGUCUGUGAGCCUCAGUAAACUGAGCUUAACGCUGGGAUAGUCUAAACGACAAUGUUGACAAGACUUAUCUGUCCAGGGCUCCUGGACCUUGAAGUCUUGAACUGAGUAUUAACCUAAGUCUGGAAACGAUGUGAAAAACCUUUGAUUGUAGGAAAUGAACCAUAUUGUUAACUAUUGAAACUAUAGUACAUUUAUUCAUGAAUAACAAAGGGACCAAUGUUCACAAAACUGUGUUGAUACAUUUCUCACUCUAAGAUUUUAUCUUUCACAAAAUACUCAAAAUAAUUAUGACCAAUACAACAGUACUUGUGCACUGUACUCAUCUAUAUUAUUUCAUUAUAUUCCGAUAAAAGAUAAUGAGUCAAAAAAGGAUGUAAAGACGGGAUCUUCUUUUGUGUUGUAUUUCAACUCUUAGCUUUGUUAAAUGCUGCACUUCAUCUUCCACACUGCCAAUUUUGAAAUUAAAAUAUUAUGUUUUCCUGC